CUUUCAGGGACUGUCUGUUCGGCCGUACCUGAAAGAGGAGCCGAAGUUGCUGAUCGGAUUACAACACAUCAACCUGCUGGCACCGCUGGAGACGCGAAUAGGCGGCCCUGGGGAACCAAUUGCCGUUAGGAGUCCAUUGGGCUGGGCUAUUUACGGACCCUGCAACAACAACCAGAGCAACAACACGAUGCACCACACUGUUAGAGAAUUGGCAUAAGCAGCUUGCUACCUGAAGAUCCAGAACUAGCGCGAGCAAAAUCCAUGCUACACAACACCACCGUACGAGAUGGAGAUAGAUAUACGACUGGCCUGCUUUGGAAGAGUGAUGACGUCAACUUUCCAAACAGCUUUCCUAUGGCUCUCAAGCGAUUACAAUCGCUGGAACGGAAACUUAGGAAAGAUUCAGAACUAAAGCGAGAUGUUCAUCAACAGAUUCAACACUAUAUAGAAAAGGGAUACGCACACAAAGCCACUCAAAAGGAGUUAUAAGAAACCGAUCCUAAGCGCACGUGGUACCUGCCCUUAAACGUAGUAUAACACCCAAGAAAGCCGGACAAAAAACGCCUCGUAUGGGAUGCGGCAGCCAAAGUGAAUGGUGUCUCGCUAAACACAUUCCUUUUAAAAGGACCAGAUCUAUUAGUAACACUCCCGGGAGUGCUAAGUAAAUUUCGAGAACGUCAAGUAGCCUUUGGAGGAGAUGUGGAAAAAAUGUUCCACCAAAUACGGAUUCGUAAAGAAGAUACUCAUGCACAAAGAUUUCUAUUCCGUUCUGACGAAAACGAACCGCCAACUAUUUAUAUAAUGGAUGUCGCGACAUUUGGCGCAUCCUGUUCGCCAUGUUCUGCACAAUACAUAAUGCACCGAAAUGCACAAGAAAACGAGCUAGAAUUUCCUGAAGCCGCCAAUGCCAUACAAAAUAAAACAUACAUGGAUGACUAUUUUGAUAGUUGCAAUACAGAAGCAGAAGCAAUAGAUCGAGCCCGACAAGUAAGAGAAAUUCACUCUCGGGCUGGUGUUAAUAUGCGAAAUUGGGUGAGCAAUCGUGAAUCCGUCCUGAAAGGCAUGGGAGAGUCAUCCGACAAACCCGUAACGAUCGUGGAACGCGAUAGUGUGGAAAAACCCUUAAGAGUAUUAGGCAUGGUUUGGGACCCUUCGAAUGAUGUAUUCAAGUAUACUUCUAACUGGCGCAAAGACCUAAUCCCCUACGUGCUCAAAAAGCAACGUCCCACUAAGCGUAUAGCUCUAAGCGUCGUCAUGAGUCUGUUCGAUCCACUAGGACUGCUCGGUCCUGUUCUUAUUCACGGGCGCAUUCUCAUGCAAGACCUAUGGCGAAAUAAUCUGGACUGGGACUCGAAGAUGGGUGACACAGAGUUUGAAAAGUGGCUGCUUUGGAUUGAUUUGCUUCCAAUCAUAAAUAAGCUGGAAAUACCCCGAUGCUAUUUUGACAAUAUAAACCCACAAGCAUACAGAUCCCUCCAAUUACACGUCUUCACGGAUGCUAGUGAGGUGGCAUACGGUUGCGCGGCUUAUUUCCGCAUAACAGAAAAUAAUGAAGUUCGUUGCUCCUUGGUAAUGGCAAGGUGCAAGGUGGCACCACUGAAACAUCUAACAAUUCCCCAAAUGGAAUUACAAGCCGCACUAUUAGGUGCGAGGCUAAUGCGUUGCGUGGUGGAAAAUCACACGCUUCCUAUAAGUGAGAUAUAUAUUCACACUGAUUCUGAGGUGGUACUAUCCUGGAUCACCUCUCAACCGAGAGAAUUUAAGCAAUUUAUGGCAUGCAGAAUAGGAGAAAUACUUUCCUUAACAGAUCCAAGCAUGUGGAGGCACGUACCGACCAAAGAAAAUCCUGCUGACGGCCUAACAAAAUGGAAUCAAGAUACGAUUCUUUCUGCCCAAAGCAGAUGGUACAAGGGUCCAGCGUUCCUAUACCAAACGAAAGAUGAAUGACCAACACAAAAAAUAAUAGAAAAGACUAAUGAGUCUCGAAAGGCCAUACACACGCUCAUCGAAAUGCCUUCCCAAUUGUUAAUAGAAACAGAACGUUUCUCGAAAUGGACGGUUCUUCUUCGAACAGUUGCAUCAAUUUGCCGUUUUGGAAGCAACUGUCGUCGCAAGAAAAAUGGUCUCCCUAUUGAAGCUUUAAAAGCCACCGAACGGCAAGUGAAACUAUUAAAAUGCCCUAAUAAGUACAUAGACAGGCCAUUAAAAAAGGAAGAAUAUGAAAAGGCUGAAAACUUCCUAUGGUGUCUAGCGCAACGGGACCAAUACAGUGAAGAAAUCAAUAAGUUACGAGAAGAUCAUCCUAUCAAUCGUAAAAGCGAUCUAUACAAACUAUCACCUUUCGUUGAUGAAACUGGUGUGCUUAGAAUAGACGGUCGUACCGCAAAUGCCACACAGCUUAAUUACAACACGCGAUACCCGAUUAUAUUGCCAAACCAACACCAAGUAACAAAACUAAUAAUCCAUGACUAUCAUUGCAAACUAAACCACGCAAAUCGAGAAACGGUUGUUAAUGAGAUACGACAGAAAUAUUACGUGCCACACCUCAGAGCCGCGGUUGAUAGAAGCAUGAAGAACUGCCAAGCCUGCAACAUAAAAAAAUGUAAGCUAUCCUGUCCAAAAAUGGCACCCUUACCGAAUGCAAGGCUGGCUGCCUAUGCACAUCCCUUCAGCUAUGUGGGAAUCGAUUAUUUGGGUCCAUUGGACGUAGCCGUCGGUAGACGCAGUGAAAAACGAUAUGUGGCAGUAUUCACGUGCCUCGUUACAAGAGCUGUACAUUUGGAAGUAGCGUUCACUUUAUCAACGGAAUCAUGCAUAAUGGCCAUAAGAAGAUUCAUUGCUCGAAGAGGACCACCGGUUGAGAUAUUUUCUGAUAACGGCACCAAUUUCGUAGGCGCAAGCAACAUUCUAAAAUAAGAAAUCGAAACGAUUAACUACGAGUGCGCGAACACAUUCACUGAUACAAAUACCAGUUGGCGAUUCAAUCCACCAUCCGCACCACACAUGGGUGGUGUAUGGGAACGUAUGGUACGAAGUGUAAAGGAAUCAAUGACGGCUUUGGAUGAUGGACGAAAGUUGAAAGAUGAACUCUUGUUGACGAUACUGGCUGACGCGGAGAAACUCAUCAUCUCACGGCCUUUGGUUUAUAUGCCACACACUCCUGAUGACCCGGAAGCUCUGACACCGAACCACUUUCUGCUUGGACGAUCCUCGGGUUUGAAAGAAACAAUGAUGACCGGCCCAAAUCUCGCUGAAACACUACGAAGCAGCUACAAACGUACCCGAUAUCUAGCGAUCGAAUUAUGGGAUCGAUGGAUUAAAGAGUAUUUUCCAUCAUUGAACCUGAGGUCGAAGUGGCAGGACGACAAUUCCCCGUUACGUGAGGGAAACUUAGUAUUUAUUGCCGAAGGCCAGAGACGCGAUUGGAUAAGGGGAAUAGUAGUGGAGGUACACGCAGGUAGUGACGGAAGAAUCAGGGAAGCAAUGGUACGCACUGCUACCGGCAAGACAAUUAGGCGACCAGCGAUAAAAUUUGCUAUUCUACCUACGGAAGUGGACCGCGACUCGGACUAGACAUAUCGUGCAGUAUUAAUAUAGUUAAUCCUGCUACGCUAAGGAUUCACGGGGUGGGGUGUUGGCACGAUAUAGACCGCAUGGAUAUAGAUAGGAAAUAAUAUUGGUAAACAUCGAUCUGUCAACAGCAGAUCGACCUAACUCCCACUUUACCCGUCAGAUGGCGCACUAGAUGCACCGAAAGGGACGACAGGGUUAGCUUGUGCGACAACUAGUUCUCCCAGAAUAGGACCAAUCACGAAGCGGUUCAACUAGGGUCAAGUUCGCACAGCUGAUCGAGAACAGGGCGCCAUCGCUAAACGCAAAGUUAGUUGCAAAUUAGAUCACGGAAAGAAAGCACCAAUUUUAAAACUGCUUGAAAUUUGCUUGAAAUCUGCGUGAAUAAACAACAGUUUGUAAAAUUAUCUUUACCGUUUGCGACUCACUUAAUCGAGUGCUACACACGUAGCAACAAUAACAAACAAAUACUUCAAUCUAACUAGACAAACAUAUACUAGACAGCAAGCAAUUUGUAACACAGCCAACACACGUAAAAUGAAAGAAUUAGGAUGGGGAAACAAAAAGGGAGUCAAAGAACUGAAAGAAGAGGGGGCGAAGGGAUUGAGGGGGAAUAUGAAAAUCAAACAUACCAGAGGCACUGUUGAAGCGAUGCAGGGAUCGAAAAAACGGAUCAUUGGUGCCAUAAAGCGUUCUUCUCGACGGGAUUUGAAGGAAAUCGCGGCGUCGAAGAAAGCGAGCAGGCGCGUACAGCGGUAUUCUGUUAAGAAGUGAAGGACAAUCAAUCUCGUUCCGAAGCAAACCACUGAUAAGCAAAGCUUGAGAAGCAGAGCGACGAUCAUGCAGUGUCAUCAAUCCAAGCAUACGGCAUCGGACUUCAUAAGGAGGAAGAAAGCACCCGAUUGCCCUAAAAGACGCCUAAUGGCAAUACGGGUGAAUCUGCGUUGAACACUUUCAACCCUUUCAAUCCAUACCGAGCUGACUGGGCACCACACAAUGCUAGCAUAUUCUAAAAUAGGGCGGACUAAGCUACAGAAAAGGGCUUUGAGGCAUAAAGGGUCACGCACAUCAUUUGCCAUAGCACAAAUCAUUCCUAGUACACUAUUGGCAUGGUUAAUGGUACGCUCAAUAUGAUGAUUGAAUGACAGCUUUGCAUCAAGGUGAACCCCAAGAUCACGAAUGACAUUAACACGAUUUAAUACAACAGAAUUUAGUGAAUAAUUAUGAGACAACACGUUUAAGCUCCGAGAGAAAGAUAUACAAGCACAUUUAUCGAUACACAGGGAGAGAAAGUUAGCAGAACACCAAAAGGAGAAGGAGUCUAACAGACAUUGAAGAGAGACACAUGAAUUAGAGUCAGUGAUAGGACAAAAUAUUUUUAAAUCAUCUGCAAACAUAAGGAAGGAAUCGGAUGGAAGAACAGAGCACACAUCAUUGACAAAUAAAAUAAAAAGUAAGGACUUAAGACACUACCCUGGGGUACAUCCGACGAACAAUGAAACUCAUAAGAAAAACCGUCAUUCAAUUUAACACAGCAAAAACGAUUCGAUAGAAAUGAUUGUAGCCAUUCAAGAAAGAAAGGAGAGAAGCCAAGUUUCUUGAAUUUAGCAAUGAGCAGAGAAUGGGGGAUUUUAUCAAACGCAGCUUUGAAAUCGGUAUACACAGCAUCAACCUGCAUGCCAGAGUCCAGAUUUAAGAGUGCUGAGGAAACAAAUUCCAUAAGAUUAGUAGUGGUGGAGCGGCCAGCCAUAAAGCCAUGUUGAUUUGGAAUGAUCCACGAUUUCACCAUUUCCAUUAGAGGUAAACGAAUAACAGAUUCAAAGACUUUGCUGAACGCCGAUAAAAAAGAUAUGCCACAAUAAUUAGAGACGCAACCACGAUCACCCUUUUUAAAAACUGGCCUUAUCCAUGCUUGUUUCCAAAUAUUCGGAAAAGUAGCCGUAGACAAAGAAAGAUUAAAAAGGAAAGAAACAGGAAGGGCUAGUGCUUCACGACAAUGAAAGAGUAAAGCAGCAGGAAUACCAUCGGGACCCGGCACUGAGGAUGGUUUAAGGUUACCUAACGCACGUAAAACAGAAGCAUUGCUUACAGAAACAAAUUCAACAUUCAGGACAUUGAUAGGGGUGAAUGAAAGACUGGCCUGAAAGCUUGCAGAGUUAUUUAAACCAUUUUCAUAGACACUCGAGAAAUGAUCAGCAAAAAGCGAACGAAUGUCAUUCGGGCACGUAGCAAGCACAUCACCAAGUGACAUACUAGUAGGGAGGCCAUUAUUGUUUCUCAUAGAGUUUAUGUAAUUCCAAAACGCUCGAGGGUUUGAAAGGAAGCGAGAUUGAAGACGCAAAACAUAUAAUUUAUGGCGAUAUCUGUUAUAUGAUCUGUAAGCGGAUGCUGCAUAUUUCAAUAACCUACGCGUGUACGGUGAACGCCAAGUCCGGUAAGCACGUGUAGCUCGAUUUCGAUCCCUAAGCAGAGAGCGCAGAUAGCGGUCGGACCAUGGAGGGGAAGGAGGUGGUCUGAAGAGAGGAGAACAGGAGUUUAAGGAAGUGAUAAGGAUAGCAUUGAACUGUGUUACAGCCUCAUUGAUGGACGUACAUUCAAACAAAAAUGACCAAUCAAUAGAGGACAAAAUUACACGCAGCCUAGCAUAGUCAGCCUUCUUAUAAUUAUAAAUAGGACUAAGAUUAACACUUUGCACAGAAACAGGUAAGUUGGCAGUGGAUAGAUAUUCAAUUUCAAAAACAAACGGAGGAUGGUGGUCAUCAAUUUUUACAAGAGGAAGAUCUGCCUCAUAAACGGAACACGGCGUGAAGUUAAGAGAAAACAAUAGUAUAAGGUCAAGCACACGACCAUUAUGGUUUGGAAUAUUGUUUAGUUGACAAAAUUCCAUAACGUUGAAUAAAUCGACAAAAGGUCCAUGACAUAGCAACGCAUUAUGAGGUGUAUAGUGCUGGAAAGGUGUCGUUAAAUUAACAGAAUUUAUCCACUGCAGAGAAGAUUGAUUAAAAUCACCAAGAAGAAUAAGUUGAUCCUUGUUACGCAAGCGGGCUUUGACAUCGUGAACGCAUUCUAAAAGUUUUUCAAACGUACGCAUAUCAGCUGCUAAGUAGGGUGGGACAUAGAUAACACCUAUAUGUAUAUAUUAAAGCACUCAUUUUUAAUCACAACCCACACACACUCAAGCGGCGCGUCAUUUACAGAAAUAGGCGCUGAUGCUAAACUGGUCGAAACAGCAAUGAGAACACCGCCACCGCGAGUACUAGUAUUAAUGUUACGAUCACAACGGUACACGAUAAAUUUAUCACUACUAAAGAGCAUACUAUUGGGUAAAGAAUCAUCAGCCCAGGUUAUAGUGAAAACAAUCACAUUAAAAUCAGCAGCAUCGGCCGCUAGCCUCAAAUCAGUACAUUUUGAUCGUAACCCACGAGUGUUCUGAUAGUAAAUACUUAGCUAUUCAUUUGGUUCAUUUGACAACGACGGUUGUCUGGCGUGAUCACCACGGGUACGCUUAACAGGGGCAGGCAGGUUGUCUGGAGGCGACCGAUCCGAAGGUUUACGAGAGGAUCCAGUCGUUCUCGCAGGAAUGAACACCGAUGAAGACGAUGACGGAAUCGACGAGGUUGAUUGAAGAGCAGGAAGCACGAAAGUAGGCUCGGAACAGGUGUCACUCAGUGGAUGAGAGAGAGCCGAAGACAGAGAAGCACUCUGAGAAGGCAUGCUGGCCAAGCGUGGUGUACUCAGAGAGCCGAAGUUAGAUGGAUAAUUUACAGGAGCAUCCAAUCGGGCGACGAUAGAUUUAACUGUGUUAGUGUUGCUUGCACUAUCGAUAUUUUUGGCCGACUCAUCUGUAAGCGUGUCGUUCACUGACACUACAGGGAGAGGACGAUUUUGGUAAUCGAUGAACUCUCGGAACACGAGAGACGGAGGCCAAGUACCCGGAGAGAGAGCUUCUUCGCGCUUGCUGGAAGGUACACCGACCUUAAAUGAUACGAAUGACAUCGUUUCGACGUUGGCGCCAAGUUUUACGAGACGACGCACCACAACGUCCGAUGGAGCAAGCGCAAGUCGAUUAGUCACCAUGGUAAUGACAUGCUUAUCCGUUACAGAUGUGUCGAAGCGCGACAUAAAAAUCCACGACAAUGACUGUGGCCUUGGAGCCACAAAUACUGGAUCAUAUGUACUCCCCGAUCCCGUUCCUUGUUGCAUUGCAGGCGCAGGAGGCACUGCCGGCCAGGGAGCCGGAGGGAGGUGACGAGAUGGUAGAUCGAGGGGUAGUGAUGUUCGGAGAGGGCACCGUGCGUCUCUCUUAUCAUAUGCAGAAUCAAACGAGGCACGCUCACUAAAUAGAUCCUGCUUAAGACGGUGAAGCAGAUCCGCUCUAAUCGAGUUAAUGGCGUUUCCUAGAGACGAGAAAAUGCCAUCCAUUGAAUUGACCAAGGCGGCCUCAAUCUCCGGAAACAAUACAGGCUUUUUCGAUUUACGCAAGGCAUCACAUUGUUUGCAUAGCCAGCACAGACCACAAUCUGCGAACAAUUCACUUAACGUGGAUUCAGAGACACCGGCACAGUGAGCAUGGAACAAACGGCCACACACCCCCGAACACGACAAGUGUAAUGGAUCACCAUUUGGAUUAAUUGCCAUAGAGCAAAUUG